AUGGUAGCAGACUUAACUAAAGGUAUACUAAAAUGGAAAUCAAAAAUAGAGUUUGAUUCCGUUGCGAACAGUCCGUUUUACGAGGAUUUAAAGAGCUUACCUCCCCUUGCAUCCUAUAAAAAAUUAACACAGGCUGCUAUCUUUAAUAGCACUAAGUAUGAGUUACUACAAGUUAAGAAAGAUAUUCUAUCCAUCUACGAAAUUGUAAGUGGCGAUAUUGACAAGGAACGAAAUCAGAUGCAACAAAUUGAACUUCAGCUUAAAAAAUCGUUAAAAAAAGUAGAGCAUAGUUACAAAAACGUCUUAAAACAGCGAGUUUCUACUAAUUGCAUUAAUGGAAAUGACCGUCUGUUGGCCAAUGCGGAAAAAAAGAUUGGGUCAUUGAAUGAAGAACUCGCAUGUGUCGAUGGUAUUGUGUCAGAUAUUGUAAACAAUUUCGUUGCAUUGGACGCAAAUCUCCCGAAGAAGGCACAAUUAUUGAAGGAUGACUCUAUAAAUGAGGCACAUUAUCCACUUCUUUUUGAGUUUUUGCAUAAGGCUAUCAUUGCUAGUGAAGCUAACGUUCAGGAAAAUGGCUCGCUCUCUUCUCUUUCGGAAUACGAUGAAGUACGAGCGGAAAGCAUAAAUAGUUGUUGCGAGGAAAGUGAGCCACAAAGCGAUUCUUUAGCACCACUUCAAACUCAUAAUGACAACGCAUCUAGUUAUCAAAAACUUUUACCCCCAAAAUUCAACACAAGAAGUGGCCCUUCAAUUGAAACAAAUUUUGAAAAUAUUAGCGCAGAUGGCCCCACAUACGCCAAAUGUUCUUUGAAAAACUCGAUAUCUUUGACUUAA